AUGCACCAAUUGAACAAUAGCCUUGUCACUGUGAUCGAAGGCAACAUUGCCGACAUUAUCCGUGGAAUGCCUAAUUACGGUUCGAAAGGCUUUACGAUCGAAGGAAAUGUGAGUUUAAUGAUUUCAUUCUUCAUUGAUCUUCUUUGCAUUUUUCGUGCUUACGAUCAGAAUUAA